UAUCAUAAUUUAAAACUUACUCAUAAGAUUUAUCAUAAUUUAAAACUUACUCAUAAGAUUUAUCAUAAUUUAAAACUUACUCAUAAGAUUUAUCAUAAUUUAAAACUUACUCCUCAGAUUUAUCAUAAUUUAAAACUUACUCCUCAGAUUUAUCAUAAUUUAAAACUUACUCAUAAGAUUUAUCAUAAUUUAAAACUUACUCAUAAGAUUUAUCAUGUUUUAAAACUUACUCCUCAGAUUUAUCAUAUUUUAAAACUUACUCAUAAGAUUUAUCAUAAUUUAAAACUUACUCAUAAGAUUUAUCAUAAUUUAAAACUUACUCAUAAGAUUUAUCAUAAUUUAAAACUUACUCAUAAGAUUUAUCAUAAUUUAAAACUUACUCCUCAGAUUUAUCAUGUUUUAAAACUUACUCCUCAGAUUUAUCAUAAUUCAAAACUUACUCAUAAGAUUUAUCAUGUUUUAAAACUUACUCCUCAGAUUUAUUAUAAUUCAAAACUUACUCAUAAGAUUUAUCAUAAUUUAAAACUUACUCAUAAGAUUUAUCAUGUUUUAAAGCUUACUCCUCAGAUUUAUCAUAAUUUAAAACUUACUCCUCAGAUUUAUCAUAAUUUAAAACUUACUCCUCAGAUUUAUCAUAAUUUAAAACUUACUCCUCAGAUUUAUCAUAAUUUAAAACUUACUCCUCAGAUUUAUCAUAAUUUAAAACUUACUCCUCAGAUUUAUCAUAAUUUAAAACUUACUCCUCAGAUUUAUCAUAUUUUAAAACUUACUCAUAAGAUUAUGGCUUUCCUGUUCCAGUAA